UUAACUUAUCAAACUUUGUCAUACAUGUAAACAGAAAUUGUUUAUUUUAUUUUGCUGCAUUGGAAAAAUACAGUUUAUUUCUUAACAGUAUACAAAAUGAAGUGGGAAAUGUGCUCCGUCGAGCCUUUCAAUAAUGGUGUAGUAAAAGAAACAGAACUUAAAGAUAAUGGCACCAAGGAUCACCCUUCGUAUAAAGCAAUACCUAAAUUCUUCGAUCCCCCACCUAAACCAGAGGAUAAAGACCGAGUGUUGCUGCUGCGUCGAGAGGCCCAUUCGCUUGUCCUACAGGAUCAGGCGGAGGGGCUUCUUAACACCGAGGAGCUGAAUGAACUGUGGAGGAUCCUUGAAAAGCAUGUGACCGAAACUAUAAGAUCGAAACGACAACUGAUCAGCUUGGAUGAUUAUUUGGUAGUCGUUUCGGAAGUAAGCGCUAAGUGUCAAAAGUUAUUAACUGUGGGACUCUUUUUCGAACUGAUGCAAUCCUCUAACUAUCCCGACAUGCUGGAAAUCGUCUCAAUUUAUAACCAUAUAGUACGAAGGAUAUCAAUCGUCCAAGGACGCAUUGGGCUUUCCUCUUACGAUGGUUUUGGGCAAGGAUAUUUAAGUGAAAGCGAUCUGGAGAGUUUUAUAACAGAUAUUAUACCAAAGUUGGCACAAAUCCGAGAUUGUAUGCAGCCCUCAUUCGAAAGAUUUUAUGUGUGUACGGUGGUGAAGAAGAUAUUCUUCUUUCUAGACCAUCUUCAUAUGCGUCGCAUUCGAAUUAGGGAUAUUGUAUCCUCGGGAUUGCUAUCGCAGCUACUAGAGCUACAUGAUAAGACAAACUCCAAAGAACGAGAGAAAAAGGGGGCAACGAACUGCUUUUCAAUGCCUGCUAUCUUUGCGGUUUACGAAAACUAUCUUGAUUUAGACAAAGAUCAUGAUGGUAUGUUGAGCAGAGAAGAGUUGUCUAAAUACGGUUCUGGUAGCCUAACUUCCAUUUUUCUGGAUCGGGCAUUCGAGAUGUGUCGUACUUAUGGUGGAAAAAUGGAUUACAAAUCCUUUCUCGACUUCCACUUUGCAAUGGAAAAUCGAAAAUCCUUAAAGUGUCUUCCAGCCCUGCACUAUAUUUUCCGUAUCCUAGACAUAAAUCAGCAGGGGUAUUUGACAGCCCAAACCUUGCGAUACUUCUACGAUGGCAUUGAAGUGCGCUUUAAAACUUUGAAGGCGGAGGCUGUGAACUUUCAGGACCUCAAGGAUGAGAUAUUUGACAUGGUCGGGCCCAAGGAUCCGCUCAAUAUAACCCUCAAAGAUUUGAUCAACAGCGGGCAAGGCGAGACCGUGCUCUCCAUACUAAUUGAAUUCGAUAAAUUCUUGGCCCACGAGAACCGUGAGGGGAAUCCACAGAAUGUUUAAUAACCGAAUUCCAGCCGGCAGCCACAGCAGCACAUGCUACAUGCUGCAUGCUACAUGCAACAAGCAGCAGCAACUCUCUUGCGGUGACAACAUUAAGCCAAAUUUAAUUAAAUCCCCCGACACGGCUCCUGGCAAUUCUUUUACACCAAGGAUUUCGAUAUGUAUUUUUAUGUCGCGCAAUUGCAAUGCAAAUUCAAUGUGUAAAGUCCCUCAAAUAUUUCGACUCACUCGUAUUUGUCUUUAUACACACGUAAUUGCAAAUUGCUCAUAAAUAUUUAUGCGGG